AUGAGGACGCUAAACCUAUUCGCUGUCCUGUUAUGCAGCAUCACAAUCGCAGCUGGUGCCAUUCCUAGCAUCUCCGAUUAUCCUCCUUGCGCACUCACCUGCAUAGUUGAUGCACUUCCUCAUUCACCAUGCACCGGGCUGAACCAAACAUGUCUUUGCGCGGAUCCGGUCUUCAGCGACGAUGUCGGGGCCUGUGUUAAGAGUGGAUGCACAGUCAAAGAAGGUCUCAUCGUAGCAAAUAUGACCUGGGCAAACUGCGGCUUUCCAGUGACCGACAACACAGCCAUACCCCGAUUUCUCACAGGCACUCUGUUCAUUCUACCAGUCAUCUUCAUGUGCAUACGGAUUGUGAACAAGUUUGUUAAUCCAUCGCCUUGGGGCGCUGAUGAUAUUUGCGUCUUCGUUGGUUUCGUCAUACUAGCCAUUGGCCUUGGAAGGGACAUCUGGACUCUCCAACCUUACAAAAUCACUGAGUUUCUCAAGAUUCUUUUCAACACCCAGAUAUUCUACAUCACUGGUUUGAGUACAAUCAAGGCAUCCAUCUUGUUCUUCUACCUUCGUAUCUUUCCAUCUCCCUGCUUCCGCCGAGUCUUAUGGGCCACGCAGGGCUUCAAUGCCUUGUUGUUAUUCUUGUAUCUCAUUUUGACGUUCACUCAAUGUCGUCCGCUUAACAAAUACUGGCUUGGAUGGGACGGAGAACAAGCAGGCGUGUGUAUGGACUUCAACAAGCUCGUUCUAACCCACGUUGGCUUCAACAUUCUCUUGGAUAUUUGGAUGUUGAUCCUACCACUCACGCAGCUUUACAAACUGAACCUCGGGUUGAAGAAGAAGAUAGGAGUAAUCAUGAUGUUCUCUGUCGGUUUAUUGUAA